AUGGCAGUUCUAGCCUACCAUGUGCGCCAUAACCUUGGACGGCCAAAAUGGAGCCCCGACCGUGGGAGGCACUGGAACGCAACCUCGGAAGAUUUCCCCGCUAAGAUCAAGGCUUACCACAAAGAUAACGGGUUAACUUUAAACUUAUGGCCCCCAUACGUCCCACCAAUAACCAUGGGCAAACUAGAGGGGCCAGAAUACAAGCAUUCUCCCGAAGCAAAGAAGAGCUCUGAUGGGAGUAUACAUGAAAAGCACGACAGCGAGGAGGCAUUGACCUCUGAGCUCAUCUCCGCUGGCUCGGAGAGUCUCCAGCGGAAGUUAGGUGGAAAGGAAAUCCAACUCUUGGCAGUGGGUGGUGCUAUUGGAACAUCCUUGUUCGUUCAGAUGGGCGCAAGUCUGCCAAAGGGUGGCCCUGCCAGCCUCUUUCUGGCCUUUGUGGUCUAUGGAUCUGUCAUCUGGUGUGUGAAUCAAUGUUUUGCUGAAAUGGUAACUUAUCUUCCAAUCGCCUCGCCCUUUAUUCGUCUGGGUGGAUUUUGGGUGGACGAUGCAUGGGGCUUCGCGAUGGGCUGGAACUACUUCUUUCUCAUGGCCUUCGCAAUCCCAUACGAAAUAACGGCAAUCAAUGUCCUUCUUACGUACUGGACCGAUAAGGUUCCAGUGGUCGCGGUUGUGAUGGCAUGCUUGGUGAUAUAUGCUAUUCUCAAUGGAUUGGCAGUUCAGUACUUUGGAACGGCCGAGUUCUACUUGGCCAUCUUCAAAGUCUUCCUCAUGAUAGGACUCAUUUGCUACACAUUCGUCACCAUGGUUGGUGGCAAUCCAUGGAAUUGGGCCUAUGGAUUUACUUAUUGGAAAAAUCCAGGGUCAUUUGUUGAGUACCUCGUUCCUGGAGACACAGGACGCUUUCUCGGGUUCCUUGCCUGCAUUAUUCAGGCCUCGUUCACCAUGGUCGGCCCCGAAUUCAUCUCCAUGGCAGCUGGCGAAGCCAAGAAUCCUCGUAGACUAAUGCAUAGGGCCUUCUCUUCUUUCAUUUGGCGUCUCUUUAUCUUCUUCCUUGGCGGCGCUCUCUGCGUCGGUAUUGUCAUCCCUUAUGACGACGAACUCUUGUUGAAAUACAUCGAUGGAACCGAGGGUGGUACGGGAGCUGCCUCCCCAUAUGUCAUUUCAAUGGUCAAAUUUGGGAUCAAAGGCCUUCCCUCCCUAGUCAACGCUCUGAUAAUGACAUCUGUUCUCUCUUGUGGGAACAACGUGGUCUAUUCAUCUAUUCGCACACUUCAUGGCCUCGCUGCGGACGGAAAGGCGCCCGCAUUCUUUGCGAAGUGCAACAAAUUCGGUAUUCCGGUAUAUUCAGUUAUUGCAGUGUUGUCUUUCUGCCUACUUUCCUUGCUGCAACUUGGGAAUACAUCUGCCACCAUUCUCAACUGGUUGGUCGGAAUCUGCACUGCAUCUUACAUGAUCAACUACUUCGCCACGGUAGUGACGUACCUUCACUUUUACGCCGCCCUGAAACGCCAGGGAAUUGACAGAAGAUCCCUUCCAUAUCGCGGACACUUCCAGCCCUAUGCAGCGUACUACGCUGCGGUAAUGACACUUAUAGUGACCUUGAUUCUCGGGUACACUGUGUUCAUUGAUGGCCAAUGGGAUGUUACAACGUUCUGCACAUCUUACCUUAUGAUCGGCUUUUUCAUCGUGGCCUGUGUGUUUUGGAAGCUUUUUAAGCGGACACACUAUGUUCGACCAGGAGACGCUGAUCUUCAGCUUGGAGAUAUCAAGGCUCAGAUAGACCUUUAUGAAGCGUUAUAUGAGCCGCCGAAGAGAGGCAAGAUUUCAGGUUGGUUCAAUAGCUGGUUCGAGUAG